AACAGCAGCGAUACAGCUGACAGUGAAAAGUCUACUGAAGGAACUGACGCAACACUACUUCCGUAUCCUACCGCACAUGCGCAGAAGAAAAUUGCAACCGUGCGGAAUGAGCUUAGUGGCGUGCCGUAGUUUUGGCGCGGAGUGUCAAAUGUAAACACAUUAAAAAUGGAGGACAACGAAGCUGCGGCCGCUAAUCAAACUGAAAAGGCAGAUAAAAAUAGUUCAGAAAACCCCAGUCAAGAAGCUGGAGGUGCGUGUAAAGCAUCGGGAAAUGACGAGAUUCGGUGGAGUAGGCUGAAGCUGUUCGACAAAGUGAUGCAAAAAAGCCUGGAGAAGUUCAUCGACUUGGCUAGUUUUAACAGGUUUGCCAGCAUGUUCCAUCAGCUGUAUAAGAUGAAUCCUCGGAGGGUGGAAAGCAUUCACAAGCAGUUUAUAGAGGAGUUGCGGAGGGCUAUAAAGGAUGAUAUCAGCACACUGAUUGAAGAAGGGAGACUUGAGGCCAAACUCAACGAGCUGGACGAACUGGAGAGUGCUGCCAAAAACAAUCCGGACCCUGCGUGGCGUCCCUCUGGGGUUCCCGAACAAGACUUUAGCAGCUUUGUAAUGCCAUUCUAUCAAAAGCAGAAGGCUUACUUACGGCUGGAGCUUAAAAAGAUCCAAGCGGAGAAUGCGACCCUUGCGCAAAAGGUUCUGGCUGGCAGGGAGAGGAUUGCGCAGACUGAAAAUCAUAUUUCAGCAGCUGUUGCCGACUGGAAGGCAUCAGUCACUGAAUUUGAAAGCCUGGCAUCUUCUCUAUGCCCAGCAGAUGUUUUUGAUGUGUGAUUUUUCCAAAAAUAAUUGUUUGAAUUAACUAUUAUAACUGUGCAUAUAGACUUUGUUCAGUGUUCUUGUUGGAAUUAAAAUAAUUAAAACGUG